AUGAGCACGAGCAUGAUGAACACGGUAUCUGAAGAGCAGACGACCAUCACCCCGAAGUAUGCCCCUGAGUGGCCCGCAACAUUUGAUGAUGUUGGUGUCAAACAAUGGGUCCACGACUACUACAGCGCGAUCGAUAACAAGGAGGCGUCACCCCAGGCUGUUGUCGAUCUCUUCACCGACGAUGCUGUGAUCGAGCUGGGCAGACGGCGUAUCGAUCGAGCGACCAUGCUCCGAGCCAGUCGGUCCUCUUGGGAUGACGCCGAGUCCAGACAGCAUAACCCCCAGUACGCCUAUCCGCUGGGAAACGACACCUAUCUGAUCGAGGGCAGCGCCACAUAUGUGUACAAGAGCGGCCGGAGUAUGACGUUCGAGUGGUGUGGAAAGCUGCAUCUGGUGAGAAACGACGACAAGUGGAAGAUAGAUUACUACAGAACAUAUUUUGCCACGGAGUAUUGA